AUUUACAUUAAAAAAUUUAAAAAAAUUCAUAGCUUCAUUUAUUUAUAAAAAAAAGUUUAAAUAUGAAACCAAAAUGGCUUGUUACUGGCUGAUUUUUAUUCUACUAUCAUGGGAAAUAGUCGGUUUUGCUAUAGUUUUCUCGUAAGAGAUACCCCAGAUGAUUUUAUAAAUGUGACGUAUUGGGGAUCAUCCGAAACAAAUGACACCGCGUCUUCUAGGUUUAAAAUAGGUGAUCUAGUGGACAUAUUGUGCGCAGAAAUCGAACCUAAAACGGAAAACUUUACCGAAUUCAAAUAUAAACCGUGGACACCAGUUUCAUUCCACCUUAGCAUAAAAGAAAAGCAAGGACAAAUUAUAACACUUAAGGAAGACUAUUAUAAGUCUCAGUUCCCUAACUCUCACUGUAGCCAAAGUAUAGCCAUAAAUCCAAACAUCAUUAAAUGUCCUAAUAAGCCUGCCACCGAUUGUUACACUAUUUCAGAAAUCUUAGCAAAUAGCGAUGAUUUGGUUAAUGUCGAAUCUCUGAAUUUAUUAGGGAUAGUUAAAAAGAUGUUCGAGCCGAAGAAUUUGACAUUAAAAUCUAAUUCCGAAAGCAAAUUGAAAUGCGAAAUUAUCGUGUGCGACGAAGCGCAUCAAAGUUUGAUGAUAGUAAUAUGGGAAGAAGCGAUCAUCGAUUGGGUGAUGAAAUGGAAGUUCGAUAUACCAUUGAUGCUGUUUGCUUCGGAUCUUCAGUUAAAGUUCAAUACUUUUAGAAAAGCCUACGUGCUAAAUACCACGCAUAAAACGGUUUUCACCUUUGAUCCAGAUAUACCAGAAUACAGAGAUAAAUAUCUCAACCUCAUCAAGGAAGGCUCCUUAGUAAAUGUACACAUGUUUAUGGAGGAUGAAGAUGAUGAAAUAGUUACGGAUAUAAGUAAGUUCGUGGAAAUACCCACUGUCAUACAGUUGAUUAGUAUCGUAGAUAAGCGUUUCGAAGAUAGUUCGCUGAUAAAUCAAUCGGAUCUGCGCGAAAGCGAUACGAGUCCAAAAUGGGAUAAAUUUUACUGCGUUUUGAGAGCUCACGUGUCUAAUUUUGAUAUAGACACAGAAUUGAUGGAAAAGGUGAUAGCUUGGAAAUGCCAAAUUUGCAAUUGCAAAAUAAACGAAAUUAAGCUGAAAAAAUUGUUUCUACAAAAGAACGAAAAUGGAAGGCGUGCUAGUGUUAUGAAAAAAUUAUGCACCAACAUUAAAUGUCAAAGUUAUAAAAGUUUCGAGCAAAUUAAAGGUUUGAAGAUUGAUGCGAAUGAUGAUAUAGAUAGUGAUGUCUAUCCCAUUUAUAAUAUUAAAAUGAAUAUCAGCGAUUACACUGGGACGCUAGUAAAUUGUGGCAUAGUUUCUACUAAAACUAGAUCUUUAAUUGAUCUCAAAGAAGAAGAGUUUAUUUUAGCUUCUCCAGAGCUAAAAACGAUAAAGAAGUGGCAGUAUUUGUUCGAACAAUUCAACUUUUAUAUCGUGGUAGUAGUCGAUAAUCAAUUAAAACCAGUGAUCAAGAUUAUAGAUUUUCAAAAAAUAAAACAAUAA